ACACACAGAGACACCUGUACACACACACAGACAUGUACAAACACACAGAAACAUGUACACACACAUACAGACACAUAUAUACAUACAAGCACACAUACACACAGAUACAUGUACACACACGCAGACACAUGUACAGAUACACACAUGUACAUACACACAGACACAUGUACAUGCAUACACAGACACAAACGUACACACAAGUACACACACACCACACCCCCCAUAAAAAGUUGCAGUACUUCGUUGUUUACUCAUAGAGCCGGGUACUGCACUCUAGGGGGAGGCCAAGAGCACAGCACACACUCCUUCCUUUGCUUUCACUGCGCUCAGCUAUUGAGCAGUCUGACAGCUCCCAGUGCCAAUGACAGAUCCGGCCUGAGCUCCGAGCCUACUCACCAAGACGGCCCUGGGGGACACACUCGCCCCCACCAUAAUUUCCACUCGCCAUUGGCGAGUAGGUGAGUGGAAAUUUCAAGCCCUGGCCUAAU